AUGGCUGCUAAUAACACUAAGAAAAAACGACAAAUAUUACGAGUAUCGGAGAUUGAAACAGAAAUUGUUUGUUCAUUGUACGAUCAAGGCAUUGUCUCACCCAAACAGAUUGUUGAAAAUAUCAGAGCAGGUCAAUAUGGUGAAAUAACACAAUAUUAUAAACUAUUGAUGGAUCAAAGUAGCGUUAAGCGUGUUAAUGGAAUUUUAACGUCAGUCGCUCGGAUGUGA